AUGACAGUCAACGGACACACUCCCUACGGUGGACCCUAUGGGCGUCGCCUCUAUGUAAAUGUCGUUGACGAGACCGCCAAAGCUGAUCCCGAUCGAACGUGGAUCUAUGCGCCACGUUCCUCGGAUCCGCGGGAUGGCUGGAAAGCCAUUACUUGGCAGCAGCACGCCAACGCCGUCAACCGCACAGCCAAUUGGCUGGUUGAGAAACUCGGCAAACCGAAACCAAAGUCCUUUCCCAGCCUUGCCUAUGUUGGUCCAAACGAUGCCCGAUAUUUAAUUCUUUUUGCCGCAGGCGCGAAAGCAGGUUAUCAGAUCAUGUUCCCUUCUCCACGCAACAACACCGACAGCCAAGUGUCUCUGCUUCAAGUGACAAAAUGCCAGAAACUAUUGUAUGGCAAAGAGUACUCUAAAAGAAUUCAACCUUGGUUGCACGAGUCCGGUGUCGGAGCGUUGGAGAUGUUGGGGCUGGAUCAAGUAUUGAACGAUGAGCCUGCCCCAGUGCAUCCAUACAACGAGACAUUCGAGUCGGCUGCAUUCGAUCCCGUCGUAAUCCUGCACACGAGCGGCAGCACCGGCACUCCAAAACCAAUCUAUUGCAAGCAAGGUCUUUUUGCGUCGGCCGACAACUAUCACAAUUUCCCAGAGUAUGAAGGCUUUACCUUUAUCAUGGAGGCAAUGGCAACCUUGUCGAAAAACACAUACUGUCACCUGCCAUUAUUCCACGCAUUUGGUCUAUACUGCUUCGUCAACAUCUCAGGAUUCUGGGGCAAGCCGAUGAGCCUGGCUAUCGGCGAUAAGCCUCUGACUGCCGAAAACGUCGUUGAAGGCUACGAGGCUGCCGGAUGUGAUGCUUUGGUUCUUCCACCGUCUAUUGUGGAAGAUAUAUCGAAGCUCGAUGGCGGUGUAGAGAAACUCAAACAGCUAAGAGGCAUCUCGCCAGAUGUCGGCAACGACAUCACGUCCAAGGGCGUCAAGCUCGCCAAUUGCAUUUCCAGCACAGAGUACCAAAUCUAUCCCCUGUACUGGCAGACCAAUUACCAAAACUGGGACUGGUUCAUUCUCGACAAUGAGCAGUUUGGCUGCCGAUAUGACCACGUCGAGGACAACAUCUACGAGCAGACCAUUGUCAGAAAGGAGCCUUUUCAGCCCAUCUUCUACACUUUUCCAAACGCGACCGAGUACAAGACGGGCGAUCUAUUCGAGAAACAUCCGACGCUGCCAGGUCACUGGCGCUCCCAGGGCCGGGUAGACAACAUUAUUGUCUUUAGCAAUGGUGAGAAGCUGAAUCCCGUUAGCAUCGAAAACACCGUCACUCUGCACCCCGACGUUCGUCAGGCGCUGGUUGUUGGCCACGGUCAGUUCCAAGCUGGCAUGAUUUUGGAACCUGCGCAAUGGCCGCUGGACAGUGCACAGAAAGAGGCGCUCAUCGAAAGGGUCUGGCCAGUCAUUGAAAAGGCCAAUGCAGCGACCGUAGAGCACGGCCGCAUCGCUCGGCAUCUCGUCACCCUGUCGGAUCCUGACAAGCCUUUUCUCUACUCCGCCAAGGGCUCACUGCGACGCGGCGCGGUUCUCAAAAUGUAUAAAAAGGAUAUUGAAGCCCUUUUCUCGGCACAAGAAGUAAUCAAGCCGGCUCAGCUCAACACUGCCACACUGGAGAGCCUGACCGCCAGCGUUCGGUCUCUGUUCAACUCGGUCUCGCCCGGAGGCACCAUCGAGGAUGAGGACGACUUUUUUCUGCACGGCAUAGACUCUCUGCAAGUCAUCAACAUUGCCAAGAGAAUUGCGGCGGGCUUGAAGGCUGCUGGCGUCGCCGAGGACCGGGCGGUUCUCGCACCGCGCGACAUUUACGCAGAGAGCACCAUCUCCAAGCUGGCCAGCUUCUUGUUCAGUCGCAUCCACGGCACGCAGAGCAAUGGUGUGCAUAGCCAAGAGGAGAUUCUUCAAGCCCUGGUGGACAAGUAUAGCGCCGGUCUGGCGAAACGCAGCGACACCCGGCCUCCUGCCAAGUCUACAGGCAAGACUGUGCUUCUGACUGGCUCGACCGGGAGUCUCGGGUCCUACUUUUUGCAUUUCCUGAUUCAGGACCCGGAAGUGGCAAAGAUCAUCUGUCUUAAUAGAUCCGAAGACGGUGGACGAGCCAAGCAAUUGGAAGCCAAUAAAGAGCGUGGCUUGUCUACCAAUCUUGACAAGGUCGCAUUCUUCCAUGCCGAUCUCUCACGCCCCGACCUGGCACUCGAAACAAAUGAUCUCGUGCGACUACAGGAGUCUGUUGAUCUCAUUAUCCAUAAUGCUUGGCCGGUCAACUUCAACAUCUCAGUGCAAUCGUUUGAAGGCCACAUUCGCGGAGUGCGUCACUUGAUUGACUUUGUGCAGAAUACCGCUGUCAAGGCCUCAAUCACCUUUAUUUCCUCCAUUGGAACCGUGGAUAAAUGGUCCGAGGCGUCGCCCAUCCCAGAGACAAACCUGACCGAUCUCAACCUUGCGGCCAUGGGCUAUGGCCAGUCCAAGCAAGUGAGCAGUAUUGUCCUAGACACUGCCGCAAAGGUUGCCGGGAUCCCUGCUGCCGUCGUUCGUCUAGGCCAAGUCGCAGGGCCGACGACGCAGCUGGGCUCCUGGAACGCCCACGAAUGGCUUCCGACCAUCAUCGACUCUUCCGUGCAGCUGGGCUCCUUGCCGGAUACCCUCGGCAGCAUGCAGGUCGACUGGGUGCCCGUCGACAAGGUAGCGCGCACCAUUCUCGACAUGGCAGCCUAUACCACCACCAGCACUACCGACUUUACCAGCGGCGCCAAAUUCUUCAACCUCGUCAACCCAAAGACGACGCCCUGGUCGGCCAUCGCACCCGCCGUCGUCGACUUUUACGAGCAAAGAGGAAAGAGGCUGCAACUCGUGAGCUUUGCUGAAUGGAUCAAGGCUGUCGAGGACGCCCCGGCCUCGUCCAAACUCCCGGCAGUAAAGCUGCUGGACACGUACAAGGCAAUGGAUGAGAGUGGCAAGAAUGGUUCUAUUGCAAGGUUUGCGACAGACAAGGCACAGGUGGCAAGCAAGACGUUGGCGAGUAUGGGGGCAAUUACACCAGAACUCAUGGCGCUGUGGUGCAAGCAGUGGAAUUUUUCUACUUAG